GAGGAGUAUGACGAGGAUGACUUGAAGGAUCCAUACUGCGAUCCGGAACAUCCCGUUCAAAUACAGUUCCAGGAAAUCAGCGCUGCUGCCUUUAAGAUUAAAAAUGGUAUUGAACGAACCCCUUGUGAUCGCUCGAGAUUGUCAGAGCAAGUUGGAAUGGAAGUUUACUUGAAAAAAGAUUUUAUGCAGUACACGGGAAGUUUUAAAGAAAGAGGAGCUCGUUACACCCUUAUGUGCCUAUCAUCAGAACAGAAAAAGCUUGGAGUGAUAGCAGCCAGUGCAGGCAACCAUGCAUUGGGACUGGCUUAUCACGGAUCCAAGUUGAACAUUCCUGUCAUCGUCGUCAUGCCGAAAACUGCUCCUCUGAUGAAACAGGAACUCUGCAAACAGCUGGGCGCCAAUGUUGUUGUGCAUGGUCAGGACUUUGGAGAGGCUAAAAAUUAUGCAAUACAUGUUUCCAAAAGGUACAACAUCAUGUAUAUAAAUGGAUACGAUCAUCCUCACAUUCUGGCAGGCCAGGGAACAAUGGGCAUAGAAAUAGUGGAGCAAGUGCCAGAUGUGGAUGCCGUGGUCGUGCCAGUGGGAGGGGGUGGAUUGAUUGCUGGUGUGGCACUGGCUGUUAAGUCACUCAAGCCCAGUGGUGUAGAAUCCGAAAGAAGUCCUGGAAUGUCUGUCUCCUUGAAAGCGGAACGUCCCACGUAUGCUAAAGUUUUUCCUACAUUAGCUGAUGGUUUAGCAGUACCGGUUAUCGGAGUGAAUGCCUUCGCCACCCUCAAACCACUGAUUGACAAAAUGGUCGUCAUACCCGAAGAAUUUAUUGCGUUAUCCAUCCUGCGAUUGGUUGAGAUGGAGAAGUGUGUGGUUGAAGGGGCUGGUGCAACUGGAUUGGCUGGCAUUCUGUCGGAUUCCAUGCCCGAACUUAAAGGAAAAAAGGUUGUGUGUGUGGUGAGUGGGGGUAACAUAGACACCGCGGUGCUUGGUCGUGUGUUGGAGAGAGGCCUCGCCACAGAUGGUCGUCUCUGCAGAUUUGUAGUGACCGCCAGUGACAGGCCUGGUGGAAUCGCUCAACUGACCAGACUUAUAUCGAGUAUUGGUGUUAGCUUGAAAGAUAUAUUCCAUGAAAGAGCAUGGCUCAAGUCAGAUAUUUAUUCUUGUAACGUUAAAUGCGUCGUUGAAACGAGAAAUCAAGAGCACUGUGUGGAGCUGGAGAAGCUGCUGAAACUGCACUACGACUACGUUAAUUUUGGCAGCAGUUUAAGUUCAACUCUUCUCUAA